AUGUCCCGAUCCGCGGCGGACGCAACGCGGUUCACGGCCACCGGGCCGUACGCCAGCUCCAAGCCCAACGCCGCGCCCUAUGAGCUUCCGGGUUUCAUGCAGUCGAAGGAAUCUGCGAAGCCGGCUAAGCCGGCCGCACCACAGGCCGGUCCUGAUGGCCAGCCCGAGACGCCGAAGCAGAAGGUCGAGCGCCUGCGGGCGCAGGCACGGGCUGCCCGGAUGGCUCAGCAGAGCUCGGGCAUGGACCGGUGGAUUGAGAGUGGGCGGAGGUUUGCAAAUCGCGCGCAUAAGGGCAUGGUUUAUUCAUUGAUCGUUGCGUCCGGUGUUUGCGGUGUUCUCACAGUCUACUCCAUGGUCUCGCUGACCCUCUACAACCGCCGCCAACGCACACUCUGGAUCGAGAAGGAGCUUGAAACCCUAAAGCAAGCACGCAUCGCCCAAGCCAGCGGCACUGCCACCGCCGAGCAGAUGGAACUCAUCGAGAAGGAGGAGAUCGGGGAGAUUUACAAGCGCAAGCGCGAGGAGGAGAAGGCACAGCGGCCAUGGGCUAAGGCCAAGCGGUUCCUGUUCGAAAAGAUGAACCCGGAGGACGCUGGUGCUUCCACUGCGGCUGCCCCGACUGUGGCGCUAGGUGCUGAGACUUCGCAGCCUAGUGUUGUCGAGGCCGUUCAGGCCAAGCAGGCUUUUGACGCAGCGAAGGCAGCGACCGGCGCGCCCGUGCCCGGCCAGUUGGACGUGAUGGCGGAGAAAGCAGAGCAGGCGGUCAAGCAGACGACACGCAGCUGGACUAGUUGGUUGACUGGUCGGUAG